AUGGUUGGUACACUUGGGUUGUUUAAUUUCCGUGGUAAGAAUGAGAAGAGACGUAGCAAAAGUAUGAGCGUCGGGAAUGGUAGUGUAUUAGAAGGGUCAGCAGCUGGGAAUGAAGAGGCUGCAGAUGGAACUCAGGGAUCGGAUCAUCCGAGUGAUCUCCCUGAAUCGGAUCAAAACGAGAAGCUGAGGCAGGUCAUGGAUGAUUUGGCUGCUACUUUCCAAGCCAGAGAAAAGCAGCUAUUAACUGAUAUGGAGCAGAUGAAGGAAAAGUUUGCUAAAUUACUGUUAGGAGAGGAUAUGUCAGGUGGAGGAAAGGGGGUUUCAUCAGCUUUAGCACUGUCAAAUGCCAUUACAAACCUUGCUGCUUCUGUGUUUGGUGAACAAUCACGCUUAGAGCCUAUGACAGCUGAAAGGAAAUCAAGGUGGAGAAAAGAAAUAGAUUGGCUCUUGUCUGUGAGUGAUUGCAUUGUUGAAUUUGUUCCUUCUCAACAAAAAGCCAAGGAUGGAUCAAACAUGGAGAUAAUGGUGACAAAGCAACGAUUUGAUCUUCUAAUGAACAUUCCAGCCCUCCGAACUCUUGAUACAAUGCUUCUUGAUUGUCUGGAUUCAUUCAAAGACCAAGACGAGUUCUAUUAUUUGUCAAAGGAUGCGACAGAUGAAGAGAAAGGGAACAGCAAAAGAAAAGAUGACAAAUGGUGGCUGCCUACUGUUAAAGUUCCGGAACAAGGUUUGUCAGAUGCAGCAAAAAAGAACCUGCAGAGCCAAAGGGAAGCCAUGACUCAAGUACUUAAAGCAGCAAUGUCUAUCAAUGCUCAAGUUCUGACAGAGAUGGAGAUCCCUGAAAACUACCUUGACUCCCUCCCAAAGAAUGGGAGAGCUAGUCUUGGUGAUUCAACCUAUAGGAGUAUCACAGUAGAAUUCUUUGACCCUAACCAGUUUCUCGCAACUACGGAUUUAUCAAGCGAGCACAAGAUAUUAGACCUGAAGAAUAGAAUUGAGGCAUCUAUUGUGAUAUGGAAGAGGAAGAUGCACCAAAAGGAUGGGAAAUCAGCUUGGAGCUCUGCUGUUAGCUAUGAAAAGAGAGAACUGUUUGAGGAGAGAGCUGAGACCAUCUUACGCAUUUUGAAACAUCAGUACCCUGGCAUUCCUCAAUCUUCACUUGACAUCAGCAAAAUCCAAUACAACCGGGAUGUAGGACAAGCUCUCUUGGAGAGCUAUUCAAGAAUACUGGAAAGCUUGGCCUUUACAGUGUUGUCCAGGAUAGGAGAUGUGCUCUAUGCUGAUUCUGUUGCUCGAAACCCGAGUCAAGCAACAUCCAAGAGCCCGGCAAAUCCGAGUUCAGGAAAUGACAAUGAAAAAUCGAAUUUGAUGACCCUCUCAGACUUACUUACUUGGAGUGGAGAUCUACUCGACAAUGACUUUGAGGACAGCAAAGAUUGCAAAGAUGACUUAUCCAAAGAUAUGGAUGAAAAGAACCUAAACGUAGCGACUAGCAAGGUUUCAUAUCUUGAAUCCUUGGGUGGAGUAAGAAGCCCGAAAGAACGCCAUUAA